UCCAGCCCCGGCGGUGUGUGGGGCGAGGCGGGUGGCGGCGCGGAGCCGGCAGCAGCCCCCGCAACAGCCCCCGCUCCUCGGCCGGCGGGGAAAGGAAGGGAAGAAAGAAGGAGAAAGGCUCGGGAGAGCCCGAGGAGCCGCGGCGGCAGCAGCGCCCGGCGUUUCCCGCACCGAGACGCCUCUGCACGGGUGAAGAUGGUGGGUGCCCUGCUGGUUACGCUCUGGCUGUGCAUGGUCACCCCUGGCAGAGGCUCAGAGCGCUGUGAUGACUGGGGUGUGGACACCAUGAAGCAGAUCCAGAUUUAUGAUGGAGAACCUGCCAAGAUCAAAUGCCCACUUUUCGAGACCUUCUUGAAGUACAACUACAGCACAGCCCAUUCUGCUGGCCUAACCCUGAUCUGGUACAGGAUUGGGCAGGAUCGGGAUCUGGAGGAGCCCAUUAAUUUCCGUCUCCCAGACAAUCACAUCAGCAAGGAGAAGGACACCCUUUGGUUCUGGCCAGCUCUUCUCAAUGACACUGGGAAUUAUACGUGCAUGCUCAGAAAUACAACCUACUGCAGCAAAGUUGCGUUUCCCUUGGAGGUUGUUCCAAAAGACCAACAUUCUUGUGUGAGCCAUUCAGUAAAACCCACUGAAGAGAUGUUCUACUUGGAGGACACCAGUGAGAUCAUAUGUCCAGAUAUUGAUGGGUUUUACCCUGCUAGUGUAACGCCAACUGUCCAGUGGUACUUGAACUGCAACUUGGUGGAUGGCUUCUAUGAGCGAUACGUCCAUGGGCCCAGGCUUGUCAUUGGCAUUGUCCGCAGUGCAUACAGAGGAAAUUACACUUGUAUUGUGACUUUCAAGGACCAUGGAAGAACCUAUACUCUCACCAGAACCAUAAAUAUGAAGGUGGUGGGAUCUCCAAACAAGGCCUUGCCACCACAAUUCGUCUCACCAAAUGAGAAAGUUGUCUAUGAACUGGAAGCAGGAGACGACCUUGUUCUGUCCUGUGAGGUCUUCUUUACCUUCUUGAAGGACUCCCGAACUGAGGUGUGGUGGACCAUAGAUGGGAAAAACACAGAUGACAUCAUGGACCCCAAGAUAAAAGUAACACAAAGUGAAAUUACUAGAGAUUUUGAAGACAAAACUGUCAUAAGGACUGUAACAGUUGCAAAAGCCACACCAGAGGACUUGAAACGGAAUUAUACUUGCUAUGCUAGGAAUGCCAAAGGCGAGGACCAUAGCCAGGCCAUGGUGCGCAUGAAAGUUGUAGCACCAAAAUACACCGUGGAGCUGGCCUGUGGACUGGGGGCAACCAUCCUGCUCGUUGUGGUGUUGAUAGUCGUCUAUCAUGUUUAUUGGCUUGAAAUGGUCCUCUUCUAUCGGGCUCACUUUGGAACAGAUGAAACCAUUCUAGAUGGGAAGGAGUACGACGUGUACGUGUCCUACGCACGCAACGCGGAGGAGGAGGAGUUUGUGCUGCUGACGUUGCGAGGAGUCUUGGAGAAUGAGUUUGGGUACAAGCUGUGUAUCUUCGACAGAGACAGCCUCCCUGGGGGAAUUGUCACAGACGAAACCCUGAGCUUCAUCCAGAAAAGCCGACGUCUGCUUGUUGUCCUGAGCCCCAACUACGUCUUGCAGGGGACACAGGCCCUGCUGGAGCUCAAGGCUGGUCUAGAGAAUAUGGCCUCCAAGGGCAACAUCAAAGUCAUUCUAGUGCAGUACAAAGCCAUCAAGAAGAGCAAAGUGAAGGAGCUGAAGCGGGCCAAGGCGGCCUUGACUGUCAUUAAAUGGAAAGGCGAGAAAUCCAAAUUCCCGAAGGGCAGAUUCUGGAAGCAGUUGAAGGUGGAAAUGCCAGUGAAAAAAAUUAGCAGGAGUAUGAGCCUUGAUGGGCUCAUACGUAUCCCUGAAAAAUGUUUGACACCAUCAGAAAACAAAACAAGUCAAACUGCAAAAUUCCACAAGCUAGGCCAGGGAGUGGGAAGGAACUCAGGAUUUUUGCCUUGAAGGACUGUGUCCCAGACACUACAAUUUGGAAUCUAUGCACUGUUCCCAAGCAUUUCAGAGGACAGUCAUGCCUCCCUGCAGCUUUUCUACUGCCCUGGCAGUAGAGAGACCAAAGAUGUGUACACCUUCUCUCUGCAGCCAGCACCUUGUGAUAGCAUGGUAUUUGUAUAGGCCAGUACUCCUAGAUCCAGUUCCUAUGGGACCUUCGUUACCAUCCAGGACAGAGCUUUCCUCUCCUAAGAACCUUCACUCCUUCCUGGUUGUUGGUCCCUAUUGUAGAGUCUGGGGAACAUUUUGAAAGGUGGCUCCAGCCUAGAGCCUUUCACACACGUCCCAGCCAUGUAGUCCUUAUCACUGUGGGGUCACAGAUUUCUGCUUCAGUGGGGGGAGUGUGGACUCUUGAGGAUCCUCAUCUUUGCUCCCUCUGUUUCUGUAAGCACAGGUGCAUUCAGAUAGUUUUGCAAUGUGAAAUGACUCUUACAAAAGCAUAAAAAAAAAAAGAAAAAAAAAGAAAAAGCAGUUGUUCUAGAUAGUAUUUGUGUUGUAGCAUUUCUACUAGUGAGUGGUGUGGGACUCUGUGAUCUCCUGAGUACCCCAGAUCCUUCAGGGCUGUAAUGCUUGGAAUCCAGGGGAGAUCUCUCAUUGGUGCAAGCCAUGGAGCAUGUCUGAGAGAUGCUUUUCUGUAGAGUAAACUCAGGGACUUCACAAACACUGCAAGGAGCCCCAAUUUCCUGUUGAACUCACCUUCUGUCUCGGUGCUGCUGGCUUGGGUAAACAUGGUGUAAGGUGCUGCCUAGGCCUUUGUGAUGACACGAUACAUGUUCAGCUCCCAGGAGACUCUACAAACUUACUUAAACUUUUAAAAAAACUACUAGCUGUGUCCAGCUGGGUGAGACUAUGAGGGAAGGCUGAGAGAGUUGGGGUCAUUCAGCCUGGAGAAGAGAAGGCUCUGGGGAGACCUUAUGGUGGCCUUUUGAUAUUUAAAAGGGGAUUUAUAAGAAAGAUGGGUACAUACUUCUUAGCAGGGUCUGUUGUGAGAGGGUAAUGAUUUCAAACUAAGAGAGGGUAGAUUCAGAUUAGAUUUAAGGAAGAAAUUUUUUACAGUGAGGAUGGGGAAACACUGGAACAGGUUGCCCAGAGAGAUGGUAGAUGUCCUGUCCCUGGAAAUAUUCAAAGUCAGGUUGGAUGGGGCUCGAGCAACCUAAUGUAGUUGAAGAUGUCCCUGCCCAUUGCAGGGGAGGAUGGACUAAAUGACCUUUAAAGGUCCCUUUCAACCCAAGUUGUUUUAUGAUUCUAUGAAGAGUCAGUGUUCUCUGCUUGAGUAUGAACAAAUCAUGAUUUGUAAUUCAGGGUUUAGAUUUAAACUAGCUUUGUCUUUACAAAGCAAGUCCCUACCCAUCUUGUUUCCAGCUCAGGGCUGCAGAACAGAGCAUGUAUCUCAGCUUCUGCAACCCUUGCACAAAACAGAAGUAUAAAAAAAAACACUGGGCACCAGUCCUUGCUCCACUGGGAGAGAACAGACAUAGGAGAGGACCAGGUGACUUAGGCAGACAGGCUUUUCAGACCGAGGAGGGGAGCAUCUCUUUCCUUGCAGGACAGACCAAAGCACAGCAGGACCUUGGCAUUGACUGGUGCUGUUGGUUACAAUGUUUUCAUGUAAAACUACAAGCUCUGGGGGUGCCUCCAUACUCCUGUAGCACUCAAUGCAAGGGCCUGCUCACUUUAUUGUGAAAGUCGUUGUUAUGCACCCUAAGUGCAUGGUUAGUUUUUGUCAAUGGUGGUUGAUUCUGAGUCACCUCUGACUCAUGCUUUCUGUGGGUGUCCAGUGGGUGAAGCACAGCCAUUCCUAAUGGUAUUAGAAAAGCACUACAAUUUGGAGUCUAUGCACUGUACACUCAGCUGAGCAGGGAGGUUCAAGGGAAUCCCAGUAAGCAGCCCAGCAUUAAAGGUGUAGGGCUGAAUUCUGGCAUCUGCAAAGCCCCUCUCUCUUAGUGUCUUAUGAUUACUAAUGUUAUUCCAGGGCAGCGGGGGGCAACAGCCACCCAUGCCAUUGGGCAGGUACUGUACAAAUGUGGAACAAAUAAAGCUUCUUUCUCACCUUCCUCUUUAUCCUUCUCCCUCCAAGUAAGCUUUGCUUUAAGCAUAUAAAGUUGCAGUUGGCUUUAGUGAAGGCAGUGGAGCUCCUCAUCUGCUCAGAGGUGCUUAAAAGCUUUACUGUUAAGAGCUCUUAUACUGUAGCUGUCUGUGGAGGGGCAGAGCUGCUUCCUAUGCUCCAGAAAGUUUUGUUUGUUCAAGGUAGCACCCCAAAACCAUGCUCAACUCUGUGAAGCCACUGUGAUUGCAUCAUUUUGCCCAGCUUCACCUUUUUAUAUGUGGUUUCAGCAUCCCUACAAUCAGCUGCUGGAUCUGCAGGCAGACAGAAAGCCCUGAGACCAAAGCAGAACUGUGUUAGAUUCCAAUUUAAUCAACUAAAAAAUACACAUAGAUUCAAUUAACAACUUAGAUCUCAGAACACUCCAUCUCACUCUUGGCUGAGGUACCAAGGGAACUUCUGAUCUUUUACUUAGUCUGAUUAUUUUAGGAAGUUAAAUCCACCUCAUUUAUUUUGCUGAUUUUAUUCAUAGUUUUAAAAAAAAACAUUUGACCAGGACUUUCUCUAGCAUACAUUGCAGUGGCCCUUGGUGCUGUUGCAACCCUAGAACAGGAUUAUGGAGAGACAUCAGAAGAGAACCCACAAGGCAAAAGGUGCAACAGUCUGAAUGAGACCUGGGAGGUCCAGAGGGAACAGCAUGGAAAGAAUAGCACUGGAGCAGGCUCUACUCCUCUGGGAGCUUUACCACUGGCUUUUCUGGGAGCUGUCAGGCCAGGGGUAAACCCCAGUCCCAGCUGUAAUGCAGAUCUGUGAAACACCUCAUAUCCACCUGCCAUUUCAUUCUGUGCCACAUGUGGUUUCUGGUGUGAGGUUCUGUUACUGCAUCUGUCUAGUUCAGUUGAUCCAUUUGAGUUUGUGUGCUUCAACCUGAUGUUUGUCAAUAUGCAGCUCAUACAAAGUUCCUCAUUGUUAAGUCAUGGGGAAACAGUGUGGCACAAAGUGUAAAAAGUAUCUUCCCCCCAUGCCAUUUGAUACUGUACAGCUGUUCCAGAGUUCUCCCUUCUCUUUUCUGUAUGUUUUUGCCUUUGUGUUAUUUUGUCUGUGAAGUGUCAGUAUUAUUUGAUUUUGCUUUUCAAUAAAACAUUUCCACUUUUGCA